AUGAUGGCCAAAGUGAAGGCCCAGGGCCUUGUGUCCGAUUUGAUGCCGAACAUCAAAUUGAUGCAAGCGGCUGGCCAUUUCUUAUUUAAUUAUCAUUCAGAUAACUCUGGCAUGUCUACGCUUUUGCGUAAGAUUUACUCCAGUGUUCAUGCCAUCUUAAUCGUCAUUAACUUUCUCUGUAUGGCUGUGAAUAUGGCUCAGUACUCUGAUGAAGUUAACGAGCUGACAGCUAACACAAUCACAGUGUUGUUUUUUACUCAUACUGUUAUUAAGCUUCUGUUCUUUGCUGUGAACUCUAAAAGUUUCUACAGAACACUAGCCGUUUGGAACCAAUCGAACAGUCACCCUUUGUUUACCGAAUCCGAUGCUCGCUACCACCAGCUGGCACUCACUAAGAUGAGAAGACUUCUGUACUUCAUUUGCACCGUUACAGUUCUGUCAGUUGUUAGUUGGGUGACAAUAACCUUCUUCGGCGAGUCGGUGCGCCUGAUCGCCAAUAAGGAGACUAAUGAAACGCUAACCGAGCCAGCUCCGAGAUUGCCUCUCAAGGCUUGGUAUCCUUUCGACGCCAUGAGUGGCACUAUGUACAUCAUCGCUUUCGCAUACCAGGUGUACUGGCUCUUGUUCUCGAUGGCAAUCGCUAACUUGAUGGACGUGAUGUUCUGUUCGUGGUUGAUAUUCGCGUGCGAGCAGCUGCAGCAUCUGAAGGCCAUCAUGAAACCGCUGAUGGAGCUGAGCGCGUCCUUGGACACGUACCGGCCCAAUACUGCUGAGCUGUUCCGUGCGUCAUCCACUGAAAAAUCCGAGAAAGUCCCCGACCCCGUGGACUUGGACAUCAGGGGCAUAUACUCCACUCAGCAGGACUUCGGCAUGACGUUGCGAGGCGGCGGGGGUAGGUUGCAGACAUUCGGACAACAGAACACCAACAAUCCCAACGGGUUGUCACAGAAACAAGAGAUGCUUGCGAGAUCUGCCAUCAAGUAUUGGGUGGAGAGGCACAAACAUGUUGUAAGACUGGUAGCCUCAAUAGGUGACACCUAUGGAACCGCUCUGCUAUUCCACAUGUUGGUGUCUACCAUCACAUUGACUCUUUUAGCUUAUCAAGCUACUAAGAUCGGCGGUAUAAACGUUUAUGCGUUUAGCACAGUCGGUUACUUGUCUUACACUUUGGGUCAAGUGUUCCAUUUUUGUAUAUUUGGGAAUAGACUCAUAGAAGAGAGUUCAUCGGUGAUGGAAGCAGCAUACUCUUGCCAAUGGUACGACGGCUCCGAAGAAGCGAAGACCUUCGUCCAGAUAGUGUGUCAGCAGUGUCAGAAGGCCAUGAGCAUCUCGGGUGCCAAGUUCUUCACUGUAUCACUGGAUUUGUUUGCAUCUGUACUGGGGGCUGUCGUCACGUACUUCAUGGUGCUGGUACAACUCAAGUAGAAAGCAAAAAUAUACUCCGUUACCAAAUCAAAAUGGAUGCUAUAUUCCGUUGCUCGGUAUUUAUUGCGUUGGAUUUUUAUGAAAUAUUCAGUUGUCAUACUCCGAAGCGACACUGACUAUGCCCGGUUUCAAUGAAUUAACGAGUCGGUACAAGUCGAGUUGUUGUUAACUAUUAUGCUAGAAUUAGAUAAGAAAAAGCUGCGAACAAAAUAUGCCUUUUAAAAUAAUAAAAAUAUGCACCAAAUUGGUAAUAUUAGAGAAGCGUGUGCAAUUUUUUAUACUUUUGAUAAUUGUAAUCAAAUAGUGUUGUUGUAAUUAAAACACUGUUUUUUAGAAAAUAUUGAACAGGUACUAAUGUAACAAAGCCAUUCUGAAAGUGUAGGUAAUAAAUUAUUUUGGAUGGUCCUGUUUAUCAUAAAAUAUACAUACAUUUUCGGAAACUGAAAGCGGUUGUACUGAUAAUAAUCUGACCCUUAGAUGAUAUUUGAU